AUGUUUAUCCCUAGAGGAAGGUAUUUGAUCAGGGCAGUGGAGUUUAGAGGACCAUGCAUGAAUAGAAUUACAGUUCAGAUAAAUGGAACCAUUGUAGCUCCUUCAGAUCACGGCCGUGCGCUCAGAAACUUGAAGAAUUGGAUUUUGUUUAGAAAAGUUGAUAAUCUUAAUAUCCACGGUGGCCGGCUUGAUGCCAAGGUUACCAGGGAAUCUGGACAGAUAUAUUGCCAAGUUGGUGCUAGAGCAGCACCUUCCAUACCGGAGAUGACUGUAUAUCAAUCGGUCCAGGUACCAGGAACUUGCUCAUCAGCAACAUCAACUGUGGCCCCUGGACAUGGUGUAAGCAUUGGCAGUCUUGCAAGGAGCUUCAAAGAAGAUGGAGUCGAAAACGUGAGACUGACAGAUGCAGUUUUCACAGCCUCGGAGUUCGAAUCAAGUCAUGGGGAAGGCCUAGCACUGGUUUUGUGA